AGACAUGUGUCAUCAAAUCUUGUAGAUCAACAAGCACUCAGAGAGAUUCUUUUGACCUGGCUGCAAAAUCAGGUACACUAGGCAUUACUCUGCAGUAGAAUCCCAAGGAACAUUUCUUUUUAUUUUUUUGCUACUCACCCUAGACUUAAGGUGAAAAAGGAUAUCUUGCUAAUACCUUUGACAUAUUAUUAUGGUCUAGACUCUCUCUUUGCUUUCAUCAAAAUUGAAACAACUUGUUUCAUGUCAAAAGGACUAGAGCAACGUAAUCAAACUUUGUUUUUUAUAGUUGUGCAAAGAUACCUAAAAGUGGACAUGAGUGCAUUGGUUUGCAAAGCCAUGAGAGUCUUACUAGCACCUUUGUUCUUUGAAUUCUUAUACCUACCUGAUCUGCCUGUUGAAGUCCAACUUUGUCAUACUUUUUGAUGCAAAACAAAGUUGGUCAAAGGCAAUUCAAUUUAAUUCCACGGAAUUUGAGGAUGAAGUUGGUUGGCAUUGUCCCUUUCUCUCCUGUCUUUACAACACCUAAAACACUCGAGCGAUGUUAAUAUACACUUUACCACCUUAUGCGUGUAGCUAAGAAAGGUAAGAAUAGGUCUGGAUUAGCAUUCAACCCCCAAAGACCCCUGCAAUCCCAAGGAAUGGAUCCAACAUUGUCAAGACUGUGCUCUAACAAAAAUUAAAGGGAGCCCUGGGUGCUCUGAAACUGUAAAAUCUAGAGUGCCCAGCAUAUGAUUUGUAUGAAAAAAGUAAGAUUUUCUAGUCGCCCAUGAGCAAAAAUGAAGCUUCAGGGGCCACCAGGCUCUGUUAGAGCACAGCCUUGGUUGACAGCAUUUUCAUCUUAUACAGUCAAAGGUCCUUAAUUUGUAACCACCUCUCAUAAGAGACCACCUACCACAAUCUGAACCACCUGUCCAAAUCACCAAAGUUUUCCUAUUCAAAGCCUCAUGGUUGGAACCUCUCCUUUUUAUAAAGACCACCUUCUGUAAGUUACCAUGACCACUUUUCACGGCUCUUGGCUUAAUUAUUAUUUGUUGUUUUUAACCUCUUGUAAGUAACCUUUUGACACUUGGUUUGAUCUCAUGUUUGCUGUAUAUACUAUGCUACUUAGAGUAUUAGAAGAACAACAUGGGAUUACAUAUAAAUUAUUGCAACUCAGAAAUUCCAUGCAACAGGUUAAAUUUGAUUCAACCAGUCAGAAGCACUACCCACAUCUGGGUAGUGAGGUGUCAUCAGUAUGGAGUUUCUCUGCUUGUUUCUCAGACAUCAUUGGGUGGGGAAACCAGUGGUAGCGCCAGCAAAUGUCAGCUGUUUUCUCAGGCUAACUCAGAUUUUGCAUGGAACAGAUUAUCUUCUAAUUAUAUAUAAUACAUGUGUCUGGACCUCUUCUUGCAAGAGACCCCCUGUGUUCAAUUCUUGUGAACAACCUACUCCUGGAAGUGACCAAUAGGUCUUUGCCUUUUGGGUGGUCAUUUAUAGGUGGUUUAACUGUAUUAUAAAUAUUAAUUUUGUGUAAUUUAUUGCUUAUUUUAACGUAAUUUCACUGUGAUUUUUCUUUGACCCUUGUUGUAACUUUUCAGUGUUGUACUGAUGAGUCAUAUAACAAGAAUUUCUUGAAGAACAAGGCAGCCCAAGUCUUUAGCUUGAUCUUUGUCUGUGAUUAUCCUGAGAAGGUUAGCUUAUUUACAUGUAUUGUUAUUUCAUGUGUUACUGUUAAAAAUCAUAACUUCUCGCGCACUGAAUGCCAUUUGUCUGCUAUGCAACAAUGCAACAGCACCUCCAUCACAAAAAGUUUUCAAAAAACAAAGGAAAAAAUAGAAAAACAUUCCAGAACCCAAUACACUGCUGUCAAACUAACACACACUUUAGUGGGAGGAAGGGAAACACUGUUGCACUGUUUGUCACGAAAAGAAAGAACUGAGUCAUGUUAUGAGUGUGAAUACUGAUACCUGAAAUUGUAACUUGACUAGCCUGCGUAGCAAGCGUUUCUGCGUGAGUUCGUCAAGAACAUUGGGACGAGAGGAACAACAAAAAGGAAUGACAGGGGAGGGGGAGGCGCAGGGGAGAGAAGGAAACGCUUGCCCGCAAACCCCAUGAUUUUGAAAAACUGUGUUCGCCCACGAACUCAGCUUUUGAUUGGUUGGGUGCUGGUAGUGUUGAUUACUUAGCACCCGAAACAUCAAUCAAAGCAGGUAUGUUUUGUUGACGUGCGUCGCAGAUCUGGUCUGAUGUUAUUUGUGGUCGCAGAUUACAAAUGCAUGGUCUGAUAUUUAUUUGAAUCAUGUUUGUGUGAAGGUUUAUCACAUCUGAGUCUCUUCAAUAAAAAGUAUAAUUGGAGAUCGAGCAGUGGAGACUAGUGAAGGCCAAUUUAUUGGGAAUGGCGGCGUGCGUAUCUGACUGGAGGUAACAUCAAAUAAAUCAGAACAUCGGUAAUAGACACUAGCUAGAGCCGCCAUGGAGAAGUGAUCGGAAAUUGAGCAGCAUGUAUUAAAGAGAACUUUUCGACACUGGCUCACCUAUAGAAAGGAGCUGCUCUGCAAAACUUACAGCCGGCGGAGUGAAUUGUUCCGGACAAAUCAUUUCUUUGCGGCGUUGUGACAAGGUUUCAGAUGAGAUAAAAAGCCACAUAACAUUCAAAAUAUCACUUACGUAACUGUAAAGAACAAGAAAUUCCGCAGCAAUCGCUUAGAGUUUCAACCUUCUUUUAACGUAAAGCUUCUUUUUAUAUAUUACAGUUUUGCAAUCACAUGGAGCGUGUUUUAGGGAACAAAGUAAAUUUUUCAGAUCUGGUAAUCUAUUCGUUAUCUAUCUUGACGUGCUGUCAAUUUACAAAUGAACCAAACCGUGAAAUAUCAAGGGGGGUUUUCCAGAAUCGUAGGGGCGGGCAAGUGUUUCCUUUUCUCCCCUCCCCUUCCCCCUUCCAUUUUUUUUGCUCCCGCUCCAACUUUCGCACUAUAACUCGACUGGAAACGCUAAUGCUACGCAGGCUAUAACUUGACAGUUAGACAGUGUUACACACUCAUUGCUGGUAAACUCACACCUUGCAGCCAUGAGCCCCCACACCAAUGGAACCAGGCACCUGUCACAAUGAUUUAUCAGAUAAAAAUUAAAGGGAGGGAAGGGUUGGGUGAAAGGCACAAUCCAAGGGCUGAACAAAGCGAGUAGCUGCUUUGAAAGCAUUGUACUAAGCACAUGGAGCUGAUGUUAGCAAGGCUGACUGCACUUGAGCCUGACCACACUGACCGCUGACCAUGCAACAGCACGCGACGACGCUCCUUGUUAUCAGCUGCCUUAAUUUUGUUUAACUUCAUGUUACAUUUCUCUUCACCCUGUAGUGGCUGCUGUUUUUCUCAGACCUUCUCCAGUGCUUGCAAUAUGGAGCAUUAGCCGUGGAUAUGUACCUUAGGAUUUUGAAGGCAAUUGAUGAGGAAGUGGUAGAUAGAGAUGUGAUAAGGACUCAACAGGUUAAUUUUGUGUAUUGUUUUUAUAUCUAUGUUACAAUAUCCAUGGGUGAAAAUAAAUCUUCAACAAAGAGGGGUACCAUCAAACAGAAAUUGAUUACCUAUUCAAUUAGAACUAUGUAUUGUACUACGUCCUGCAGUGCAUAGAGCAAGUGAAGCUGAACCCGUAUUUAGCGGGUGUCUGUAGAGCAGGGUGGACUGUACAUAAAUUUCUUAUAUUUACCUGAUAUACAAGCUUGUUAAAGUUGUGACAAACUCCACCAUGCCACACACAUUAAGUUGUUGGUGUUAAUAUCUAAACAUGCUAUGCAUAUACAAGCUUGUUCAAGUUGUGACAAACUCCACCAUGCCACACACAUUAAGUUGUUGGUGCUAAUAUCUAAACAUUUACUCUACGAAGGGCUACAUUGUACAUGUGUGAAAUAGACCUCUUUAGCUUGUAUGUUUUGUUUUUUCAAAUACAGGUCAUAUGAUAACACCCUAGAGAACUGUUUCUUUCAAAUUUUGUCUUAUUCACGUGCAUAUCUACUCAUAAAUUAUGAAAAGACAAAGGGUUAUGUUCCCCUGGGACCUCUAUUGAGAAUACAAAAUAUACAAGCUAGAGAGGUCUAUUGCUUCUUAUGAAAAUCAAAAUCCAUUUUUAAGAGUUACAUUGUAAGACAUUUCUUCUAGAAUCUUGAUUGUUGACAUCUUAAAACUUGUGUCAUCAUUUCCUUUUUUAAGACUCAUAAAUCGAUUAUUAAAACUGUCAACUUUUGAUGAGUUUCAGUUGGUUGCACUUGUACAAGUUUGUAAAACCAUUUACAGAUGAAUCUGUUGAGAAGCUAAAUAUAAUUUUUCUUCCAUGAACAGGAAGUAGAAAGAAACACAAAAAUUAAAGAUCACAUCAGGGAUAUGUGCAUCAGAAAGCCUGUUGACUCUUGGUUUCAGACUGUGAUAGGUGAGAAUCAUAUACCGGUAUUUUAGCAAAACAAUAAGGUUGAUGUCAGUUUUAUUGACUGUUAUUUUGUAUUGUGUUUUGUAUGCAGAAAACAUAUGAAAAUAGCUUGUCAUCAAUAACGUGCCUCUGGACAUCAUUGGAAAAUAUAUUGAAUGGAUCAAUAUUGGCCUAAUUGCAAACGACAGGUUUAUCAGGUAACAUUCAUUGUAAAAAGGACAGAGUAAAAUGCAGACUGUGGACUGACGGUGGACUAUUGUUAUUAGGGUUAGAAAACCAUGGGACUUAAAAGUGAAAAAUGAUCCUUGCAGUUGUUAUAAUGCAACUUAUGCAACUGCAUGUAAGAGAAGCCUGGAAAAAAUUCAGGACUUCAAGGGGAUUUGAAUUAACCCAUGACCUCGCGAUAUGGGUGCAAUUCUCUAGCCAACUGAGCUAUGAAGCCACUGAUGUUGGGAGCAGGUCAAUUAGGUGUUCAUAUGUUCCCAUGAAAGAGAUGAAAUGUGAAAAAUGUAAAUAAAUGAAAUAAAUGAUAUACGUGAGAACUGCGGAAAUGAAAUCAAGUGAAGCAUGAUCUACGCAGUUGAUGUAUUUCAUAUACAUUUGUCGCAUUUCAUGUCUUCACGAGAACAUAGAGAAGCAGUAUCCUUGAACCACAAGAGGUACACGAAUUCAUGUAUAAGACUAAGCUUACUAAGGUGUACAAGCCUGUGUUUCAGACAUGGUUUAACAUUGGUUAGUAAGGUCUGUGCAGCAGCGCUGAUAUCCUUGUCCUAGGCCCCCAAUGGACUCAACAAAUUACCAGAAGAGGGUUAAUUUUCCUUUCAUCUUGAUUGAGGAAUCGAUUAUAAUGGCUUUUUUAACAGACCAAUCAUGGCGCGAACUCAAAUCCUUGUACACAGGUGAAGGCCCAGAACAAAGAUUUCAGCGCUGUUUCAACAGAGUGUACAAACUUAAAGAACUUAGAUUCCUUGCUGAUUAA